CUCUCCUCCUCAACCGGUAUCUUCAUGUUCUAAUGAUCUUCUGGUCGUUUGUGGCUGGUGUCGUCACCUUCUACUGUUCACUGGGACCGGACUCCCUCUUGCCCAAUAUUCUUUUUACAGUAAAAUAUAAACCCAAGCAGUUAGAACUGCCAGAGCUAUUUCCCCAUGGUCACAGCUGUGCUGUAUGUGGAAAGGUCAAAUGCAAGAGGCACAGUAGAGAACUUUCAAUUAAACACCGUUACAUCAACUUUUCUAUGCUUUUCUACAGAUCCUGGCUGGAUCUGAAAGUGCCUUCCAAGGUUGAUGCAUCACUCUCGGAGGUGCUUGAGUUGGUGCUGGAAAACUUUAUUUAUCCAUGGUACAGAAAUAUUACUGAUGAUGAAUCCUCUGUGGAUGAACUGAGAGGCACUCUGUGUUUUUUUGCGUCUGUAUUAGUUCAGAGAAUUCACAAGGUGGAUAUUCCAACUGUUGUAACAAAGAAAAUGCUCAAGGCAGCAAUGAAGCACAUUGAAGUGAUAGCCAAGGCCAGGCAGAAAGUAAAAAAUGCAGAAUUUUUACAGCAAGCUGCUUUAGAGGAAUAUGGACCAGAACUCCAUGUUGCUUUGAGAAGCCGAAGAGAUGAACUUCACUACUUAAGAAAACUUACUGAACUUCUUUUUCCUUAUAUUUUGCCCCCAAAGUCGACAGAGUGCAGAUCCCUGGCUCUUCUGAUAAGAGAGAUUCUGUCUGGUUCCGUUUUCCUUCCCUCAAUGGAUUUCUUAGCUGAUCCUGACACUGUCAACCAUUUGCUGCUAAUCUUCACUGAUGAUAGUCCACCUGAGAAGGCAACUGAACCUACUUCUUCAUUGGUUCCAUUCCUUCAGAAAUUUGCAGAACCAAGAAAUAAAAAACCAUCUGUCCUGAAACUGGAGCUAAAGGAGAUCAGAGAUCAGCAAGACCUUUUAUUUCGGUUUAUGAACUUCCUGAAACAGGAAGGGGCAGUCCAUGUGCUGCAGUUCUGCCUAACUGUAGAGGAAUUCAAUGACCGAAUUUUGCAACCAGAACUAACAGAUACUGAAAAGAUGUCUCUUCAUGAGGAAGUACAGAAAAUUUACAAAACUUAUUGUUUGGAUGAAAGCAUUGACAAAAUUAGAUUUGACCCUUUUAUUGUGGAAGAGAUUCAAAGAAUUGCUGAAGGUCCAUAUAUGGAUGUUGUGAAACUUCAAACUAUGAGGUGUCUUUUUGAAGCUUAUGAGCAUGUACUUCAUCUACUUGAGAAUGUUUUUACUCCUAUGUUCUGUCAUAGUGAUGAGUACUUCAGACACCUUUUAAGAGGAGCAGAGUCACCAACACGCAAUUCAAAGUUCAACAGAAGUAGUCUGAGUUUGGAUGACUUCCGGACCACACAGAAGAGAGGAGAAUCAUUUGGAAUCAGCAGAAUAGGCAACAAAAUAAAAGGUGUAUUCAAAAGUUCUGCGAUGGAAGGAGCUAUGUUGCCUAACUAUAACCUAAAUGAAGGAGAAGAUGACUUCAUUGAAGAAGGCGUUAUGGUGAUGGAAGAUGAUUCUCCUGAGGAGGCUGUUAGCACCCCAAAUACACCCCGCAACCUUGCCGCGUGGAAAAUUAGCAUUCCAUAUGUAGAUUUUUUUGAUGAUCCCUCCUUGGAAAGAAAAGACAGAAAGGAGAGAAUUCCUGUGUUCUGCAUUGAUGUAGAGAGAAAUGAUAGAAGGGCAGUUGGGCAUGAACCUGAGCACUGGUCUGUCUACAGGAGGUAUCUUGAAUUUUAUGUGCUUGAGUCGAAGCUAACGGAAUUUCACGGUACGUUUCCUGAUGCUCAGCUUCCCUCGAAGAGAAUUAUUGGCCCCAGGAACUAUGAGUUCUUAAAAUCCAAGAGAGAGGAGUUUCAGGAAUAUUUGCAGAAACUUCUGCAACAUCCAGAAUUAUGUAACAGCCAGCUUUUAGCUGACUUCCUGUCCCCUAAUGGAGGAGAGACUCAGUUUCUUAGUAAAAUGUUGCCUGAUGUGAAUCUUGGUAAAAUUAUAAAAUCUGUUCCAGGAAAGCUGAUGAAAGAGAAAGGCCAGCAUUUGGAGCCAUUCAUCAUGAAUUUCAUCAACUCCUGUGAAUCUCCGAAGCCUAAACCAAGUAGGCCUGAACUUACCAUUUUGAGUCCCACUUCUGAAAACAACAAGAAGCUUUUCAAUGAUUUGUUCAAGAAUAAUGCAAACCGGUCUGAGAACACAGAAAGACGACAAAAUCAGAACUACUUCAUGGAAAUGAUGACUGUAGAAGGAGUCUAUGACUACUUAAUGUAUGUUGGUAGGGUAGUUUUCCACAUUCCUGACUGGCUGCAUCAUCUCUUGAUGGGAGGAAGAAUUCUCUUCAAAAACACAUUGGAGCUGUACACAGACUAUUACUUGCAUUAUAAGUUAGAACAGCUAUUUCAGGAGCACCGGUUGGUUUCUCUGAUAACACUGCUGAGAGAUGCCAUCUUCUGUGAGAAUACUGAACCUCGCUCUCUCCAGGAUAAACAGAAGCGAGCAAAGCAGACUUUUGAAGAAAUGAUGAGAUACAUUCCAGAUUUAAUAGGCAAGUGCAUUGGGGAAGAGGCUAAAUAUGAAGGCAUCAGGCUUCUGUUUGAUGGAAUGCAGCAACCAGUGCUCAACAAACAGUUAACUUAUGUUCUGCUGGACAUUGGGAUUCAAGAACUCUUUCCAGAGCUGAGUAAGGGUCCAAAGGAAGCUAGCUCUGUAUCCUGUUGGAUGUGAAUGCAGGGACCUUGCUGGACACCCAGUAGAAACAUCUGCUGUGCAUUAUUGUAAUGGACAUGUGACAUUUUAACUUUGCAUUGUAUAUUUUCUUGUAAAUAACAUAAAAUUUAAGUUCUAAAAGAUCCCUUUAUGCAAUAAAGACAUUAAAAUUUAA